CGCUUAAGCCGCGCAAGUAUGUCUGAGUCUGUUGCGGCGUCUGAAAAGGCCGACUCCAGUAAACGACUCCAAGUGGAGGUGAAUGAAUAUAAAGAAAACCAAGACAUUACUUUUUUAUCUUUGAGACCAGAACAGAUUGCAGUUUUAGGAAAAGUAACUAAGGUGUGUCUUUUGCCCUUUUCACUCAGUAAUUACAACCCAGGCCAAUUUAAGUGCUCCAAAUCCCUUCUAAACAAAAGUCCUAAUAAAGUGGCAUGUAAGAAUCUGUUUAAGAAGACUAAAAUUAAGAGAAUUUGCCGAAAUAUUUUAACUUCAGAGAUGGAAGCUACAAUUUCCAAAGCAGAAUUCACUGUGCAAAAAUCAUCCUUAGAUGUUCCUGCUGAAAGUUACAAGGUACCUUUAGAUAUAGUGAUUCUCAGUGUUGAUAAGGAAAACAGUCAGGAUGGAGACAGUGAUGAAAACAUCACAUCAGGCCUGGAUGAUUUUUCAGGAUUAUCAUCAUAUGAAAAGAAGAGACUAAAGAACAUAUCAGAAAAUGCAAAGUUUUUUGCUUCUCUUCAGUUGUCUGAGUCAGCUUCAAGGCUCCUUGGCAUGAUAAAGAAGAGACCGCUUCCUGAAUCAAAAAGAAAGAAGCCUAAGAGGCAAGAAAAUGAGAUUAUAUGCAGAAGGUCAAUGCGAUUACUGAAAGUUGAACCUUUGCAAAUUUCAUUACCAACAACUUCAACCUGGGCCCUACGCAAACAGGAUGAGAACCCUUCAUUACCUCCUGGACCUAUAGAAAUGUCUCUUGAAAAUAGUGAACUAUUUAAAGGAUUUCUACACAUUUGGGAAGAAGUGAAUAAGACAAGGAGUAAGAGUACCAAGAAAGAAUCAUCCAGCAUAAAAAGCUACAAAGCCAAUUUAAAUGGUAUGGUCUUGUGUGAAGAUACUAUUUAUAAAGUUACCAAGAGCCCAACAUGCUCUUUGGCUAUUCAUCCAUCAGAAAGUAGAACUUUGGUGGCAGCUGGGUUCAGAAAUGGGCAAGUUGGACUUUGGGAUUUGGAACCUAAAAAAGAUGGAGUUUAUGUUUUUCAACCUCAUAGCCAGAAAGUGAACAGUAUUUACUUCUCACCUGCCAAUCCGGCCCACUUAUUAUCUCUGAGCUAUGAUGGCACAUUACGGUGUGGGGAUUUUUCAAGAGCUGUUUUUGAAGAGGUAAAUAUUAAUAAUGGCAACACUGGGCAUACUUGUUCUCAUUACAGAGGUAUUAAUAUCUAUGAUGCAAGGUACCUAAAUUCAGAGAGAAGUCAGCCUUUGACUUCUUUGACCGGACAUAAGAAGAGCCCUUCUUCUGCCUACUUUUCACCUCUUACUGGUAACAGAGUAGUGACCACGUGUGCUGAUUGUUCACUGAGAAUCUUUGAUAGCAGCUGUAUGUCCUCUAGGAUUCCUCUUUUUACCAUUAUAAGGCCCCAUAUGAUCACAAAGCGAUGGCUGAUCAGAUUCCAAGCCGUGUGGGACCCUAAACAAAAAGACUGCAUAAUAAUUGGCAACAUGGCUUAUCCACGACGGGUGGAAAUCUUCCACGAGACAGGAGAGCUGGUGCAUGCUUUUACUGAUAAAUUCCUGGCCUCUGUGUGUUCCAUCAUUGUUAUGCACCCAACUCAGUAUAUUUUGGCUGGAGGUAAUGCUAGUGGGAGGAUACAUAUUUUUAUGAAAUGAGAAAUCUAGGUUUUUGGUUUAAUACCACCAAUUUGUUCAAACUAAUCAGUAUCUAAAGAACCUGCAAGUUCAUACGAUUUAUCAUUUCACUUGGUAAUUGUUUUUUAUUAGUAAGAACCGAGAGCAGAAUGGU